CUCUUCACUACAACUUCGGUGCUCAAUCAACAUUGGCGGCACACUCACUGGAUUCCGACAUCUCAGUGCGACUAUUCUUAGUUUCUUUCUUAGGAUAGUUCCUUUAUUGCCUUUUGAGAUAUGAGUCAACAGUCAUGGCGGAUCCCGUCGAUGUUGAUGUCGAUACUAUAAUUGAAAGAUUGCUGGAAGUAAGAGGAAGUCGUCCUGGUAAACAAGUGCAACUCGCCGAACAUGAAAUUCGAUUUCUUUGCCAAAAGGCUCGUGAGAUCUUCAUGAGUCAGCCCAUCCUCUUGGAGUUGGAGGCACCCAUCAAGAUUUGUGGUGACAUACACGGGCAAUACUAUGACCUGUUGAGACUUUUUGAAUAUGGAGGCUUCCCACCAGAAGCAAAUUAUUUGUUUUUGGGAGAUUAUGUUGACAGAGGCAAACAAUCACUUGAGACCAUAUGUUUGCUGCUCUCCUACAAAAUUAAAUACCCAGAAAACUUUUUUAUUCUUCGUGGAAAUCACGAAUAUGCAAGCAUAAAUCGUAUAUAUGGCUUCUACGACGAAUGUAAACGACGGUACAACAUCAAGCUAUGGAAGACUUUCACAGACUGUUUCAACUGCCUUCCAAUCGCCGCUAUAAUCGACGAAAAGAUCUUCUGUAUGCACGGUGGUCUUUCUCCUGACUUGCAAAGCAUGGAACAAAUUCGCCGAGUCAUGCGUCCUACUGAUGUUCCUGACACAGGUCUUCUCUGUGAUUUGUUAUGGGCAGAUCCCGACAAAGAUAUCACUGGAUGGAGUGAGAACGACAGAGGUGUUUCAUUUACUUUUGGACCUGAUGUUGUUACUCGCUUCCUUCAAAAGCACGAUAUGGACCUCAUCUGUCGUGCACAUCAAGUUGUUGAAGAUGGUUAUGAGUUUUUCGCAAAGAGACAGUUGGUUACCUUGUUCUCCGCACCAAAUUAUUGUGGUGAAUUCGAUAACGCUGGCGCCAUGAUGAGCGUCGACCAAACCCUCAUGUGUAGUUUCCAGAUCUUAAAGCCGGCGGAAAAGAAAUCAAAGUACGUUAACAUGGCAGGUCAAUCAGCAGGCGCACAGCGAGGCAAGAAGAAGAAGAACGUUGGUGCAUGAUAUUAGAAUCACGAUGUCAAACAGGCAAAGCACUCCGUACCCUUUUAUCACAACUCUCUCUCUAUCUCUCUCUUCCUUCAUUUCCUUCUUAUUUCCUUUUUUCCACUAUAUCUUUUCUUUCUCUCUGAAUGUAUGCAAUUGUUCUAUAAAUGCGCGUUGGACAUGGAUCCAAAAGUCCGUCAGUACACAGUGUGUGCGAGACUUUCAUCUUUAUUUUUUCGUGUGCGGGUUCA